CAAGGACAUAUUCCUGCCGCAUAGAUACCACACUCCGCAGCCAGAACCAUGAGAUAUAGUACUAGAGCAACAUAUUUAUUGCACGAUCCUCCUCUAGGUAUUUUGGAGCUCUUGUGUGACGUUACAAACUAUCACUCCACCAUGUCCCCAUCUACCCGAAUAGCCCUUAGUCCAAUGGACAAUGUUAUGCCACGAUUCUACGCCAGAUUGAUCUUUUGCUUUCGAACAAAACCCAAUAGCGACCCGUACUACGUAUGCGAUACACUCCAGAAGGGUUUGGAGAGAACGUGUAAGAGUUUGCCGGUUCUGACCUCGAAGAUCUUUGAGAAGAAGCCGAGCGCCACAGACUCAGCCAAAGGGCGCUUGGAGCUUGAAACAAACUUCCAUUGGGUGCCGAAUAUCGUUUUGAACAAUAUCAGUGAUUCGUGGGAUUAUGAUGAUCUGAUCGACGCCGGUAUGCCCCAGGACUCCAUGGACGGCAACGUCCUUUUCCCUCCAGCCUUUACCCCUGAUCUCGAUGCUGGCGCUCCGACUUUUGUGGCACAAGCCAACAUCCUAGCAGGAGGGAUACUACUGUCGAUUGGUAUGUUUCAUUCGGCCAUUGAUGGUACGAGCGGGAUGUGGGUUAUGAAACUCUGGUCUCAACACGUUCGGCAGUUACAAAAUCUGCAGGACACUGGACCAUCAUUUGAGCUUGCUGCAGAAAGCCAUCGGACGGAUCUUUUGACCAACUACUGGAAGCUUGAGGGCAAUGUAGACAUAGAUCUCGACGAAGAGCAUGGGAACAAGUCAACAGAGGAUCUUUGGCGGCUCAUAGGCCUCAACCCGUUGAAUACGGAUCAGGCCGAAUUCACUCUACCAUCAGAAACUGAACACGCCGUCCAAGAUGCCCCCGAGAUGCGUGCAACAGUCUUCUAUUUCUCUCAAAGCUCGUUCAUUGCAUUGAAGAAAGAUGCGAGCGUAGAGUCAUCGUGUCCGAGAAGCAGUGCCCGCGGCUCCAUCAGCGCCAACGAUGCCCUUAUGGCGGUCCUGUGGAGAGGAAUUAUAGCAGCGCGGUACCCGCAUCCCCAGAGCCAGCAAGAAGUACAUGCUAUCCUGGACACCACAAUGGAUGGCCGCGCAGACUUCUCAUCCUCGCUUCCGUGGACGUAUCUAGGUACCCUGAUAUUUAUUGUGACAACACGGAUGGCUUUGUCAACACUCGUGAACCCGGAAACCCCCCUCUCAACGAUUACAAUGGCCAUACGGAAAUCUGCUGAUGAUAUCACGAAGGAGCGGUUACAUGCUGCGUAUGGACUCGCUACUGCGAUAUCAGACUACACGAAAGUCACGUUCCCUUUCGCUUCAUUCAUUCCUCCUGAAAUUUGUAUCACGUCGUGGAUAGCAUGGAGCUUAUUCGACCUCGACUUUGGUGACAUCUUUGCCAACGGUGGCCAACCAGACUUGCUGCGCGUACCUAGAAGAGAGUUCGAUGGUGUGUGCAGGCGCUGUGUUGUACUCCCACUACAAAAAGGCGGCGGGUUUGAGGUCUCUAUGUCUUUGCCGAAGGAAGAGAUGUUACGUUUAGAGAAGGAUGCACUUUUUACGAAGUAUGCUAAAGUCGUCUGCCAUUAGUGUGAGGACCCGGGAGUAUGUGCUUAUAGAUUUGAAUAACGUCACCACUAUCUUUUAAAGCUUCGAGAUUUUGCAGAACAUAGUAUACUUGGAACCAAUCUGUCUGUGUGUAUGUAAGUAAAACGUCUGCAACAAUCUUUCGAUGGCUACCUUGGGGCAAGCCUUUGCUACCACCUCAAUUGAAAGCUAUACUCCUUCAUGGAGCGAGAUCGGCCCGAGUUGUUGGCUGGAACUAUCACUACAUGACCUGUUUGAGAGUAAGCGGAGACUGCCCGAUAAUCAUCCGCCACUCGGACUAACCCUCAUCGGAACUUCCGAGUCCUGCAACGCUUUCGGGGAAUGUGUGUUUGGGUGUCCUUUAGUCCUGGAAUAAUGGUCAGUCUAGCUGACCAAACUCAUUCUUAUCGCUGAGGUCAUCACCAGAUAUCUUCGCAACAGCAUCAUG